GACUUACGUGUGCAUUUCGAUCGAUAAAAUCGUCAAGACUUUUGAGCCCUAAGCAAUUCGGUUUAUGAUUGUAACUAUUACUGUACGGAAGACUUCGUAAUUUUUGAGAUUUUGUUUUUGUCAGUAAUAUAGUUUCAUUACUUUGAACUGAAAAAGUUUUGAAAAUGAAUGUGGAGGACAACUAUUGUGGUUUCUUUGAAGGAACUGAAAAACUGUUAGAAAUGUGGUUUAGCUGCAGUGAUGGCGACAUGGAAGAUUGCGAUGUGCGGAAAAUUCCAAGGGCUGCACUGGAGUCAUUGUUGAAGUUAGUGAAGUGUGAAAUAAUUAGCUUCAAGAAAAAUGAACAAAUUGAUGCAUAUGUUCUUAGCGAAAGCAGCAUGUUUGUCUCCAAAAGUCGCUUUAUUUUGAAGACGUGUGGUUCGACUACACUACUAAGAGCCGUUCAACCUCUGUUGUACUUGGUGCAGGAAUAUACAGGGUUUGAUGAAGUCCUGGAUAUUUUCUACUCCAGAAAGAAUUUUAUACGUCCGGAGCUGCAGCUGCAACCACAUACAAGUUUUGAAGAUGAGGUUGGUGUUUUAGAUGGAUUAUUUGAAGAUGGAGCUGCUUACUGUUUGGGUCGUGUCAACCAGGAUUGCUGGUACUUGUACACAUUGAACCCUCCUGAUAAUUUUGUGGGUGUACAGGCUCCAGAUCAGACUUUGGAAGUCAUUAUGCAACAACUAGACUCUAAAAUCAUGAGAAUCUUCACGAAGAAAGUCUGCAGUACUGCUCAAGAAGCCACCCACCGAUCGGGCAUUGACAUGCUGUUCCCUGGUAUAGUUAUUGAUGAUUUUCUCUUUGAUCCUUGUGGAUAUUCAAUGAAUGGUCUGCUGAAAGGAGGCUAUUACAUUACCAUCCAUAUCACACCCGAGCCUCAUUGUUCCUAUGUCAGCUUUGAAACUAAUGCUCCACAGGAAUCCUAUCAAGAUCUGAUUCUAGGACUGAUGAAAACGUUCAACCCAGGAAAAUUCACUAUGACUGUGUUUGCAAACAAGGCUUCUGUUGCUGCUAAUGCUCCUUCAGAGUGUCAGGAGUGUCACUUUAAGAACUACCAACGCAAGGAGUUGCAGCUGUGCGAGUUUAAGAACUACAAUCUCACUUACGCACUGUUUGCAAAGGCUCCCAGUUGAUUCCUAAAGUACCACCUGUCUGGACGUAUCUUGUGUUUUAUAUCUCCUUUUUAUAAUGCCACCAGAUUAAUGUUUGUAGAACUUUGUAUCACAGCAGACCUUUUGUGGGAGAGGGUUUCUUGAUAAAUUUUGCAGUUUUUCAUUUCUGAUUUGCCCAAGGGGGAAAAUACGAAGUUUAAGUUUGAGCUUGUUCAGUUUGCUCACAUGAAUGUCAGACUGAACGUCUGUCGUGGUUCAGAAGUAGGUGGUUCUUACACCAUCGAGUGGUGCACGAUAGAAUCAAGAGGUGUCAUGCAUAUGAGGGUACUUGUUUACUUAUUUCUGUUUAUCAUGAUGUUGGAACAUGGGGAUCUAUGAAAUGUUUGAUCUGAGAAGGAUCACGUUCAGAGUCGGUUAGCAUUUCGGAUCAGAAAGUACGUAGAGUUCAAGUGGAAUGUUUAGAUUUUUCGACUAACAGAAUUAACCAGCUAAUUUCCUACGUUUAUUUUACGUCAAGUUGUUCAUAUUGGAGAGUGUGAAGUCUGUAGUUUUAGCAAAAAUUUCAAGGUAAUGUUUAGUUUAACUACAUUAUCUUCAUUAGAGAAAACCUAUGUUAGAUAUAAUUGAUGAUUUCUUCUUAUUAUUAUUAUUAUUAUUUUCUUUUUUAGGUUUUCAUAGUUAUAAUUCUUGUGUUCUGUAACUCUUACCAAGUCCGGCCUGUUAGUCGUGUAACACGAGUGUUAUCCGAGUUGGUUUAUGGCUCUACUGCUGAUAUUUUGAUGGGGUUCACGGUAUACAAAGGUGUAUAAAACUGUUAUACUUCUUGCACUCUUUAAACAUUUGAAAGUGGAAGGUCAUUAGCAUAUCUGGCUGUAUCGCAAAGGUUGUGAAACGUGCUUCUCCAGGAAAGGGAUUUCUGUAAAAUUGUACAUGGACUAAAACGGAAGCAGAACCAAAGCCAUUCCUGUUAUAUCCUGGACUCUCUAUUUUAUUUUUUCCUAAAACACUUCUGUAUAAAUAUAAUUUUUAAUAUAAUCACUUUUUUAAAAGUGUAUCUUAUAGAAAACCAGACUGGACUGGAAUUUGGUCAUUAACAGGUUGCUUGAUUUGUUGGUAAACUUCAACAAUUGCUUAAAACACUUAUUUAAUUGCACAUGUUGCUGCUGUUAUAAACUGGUAUAACCACACAAAACACUGACUUGACUUAACCUAACCUAGAUGUUUCUCUAGAUUGUGAAGUAGAUAGAACAUUGCAAGAACUUUUCCAAGAAGAACAUUACAUUGUUUACACCUUUUUAAAAUGUUUGGUUUGUAUGUUAUCUCAAUAUGGAUGUAUUAUUAAUAUCGGCUCUCUUACUAUGUUAUUACAUAAGUAGUUAAUUAGUAUUCAAAUCUUGAUAUGUCCAGACACGUUGGUUUUUUUUUCUUGUAAUUUUUGUUUUCAAACUGGGCCUUUGGUUUUUCUUGGGUGAAAAGUUUCCAGUAUUCUUGUUGCUUUUUGUGUGGUUAGGUCUUUUUUCAAUGUAUUCAUAUUGUGGUUUAUCUUUUGGUUUAUAAGAUUGUAGUUAUUACUCGAUAAAUAAAUAAAUAAAGCCCAUUUUUUUCUGCUACA